AUGCGAACGGAAGCUGGGUUUUUGCCGAAGACCGGCACCAGCGCUUGGGUUCCCCGACUGGUUCCUCGGGUGCCAGAGUCUCCGCCGAAGGCGGCCCCUCGUCGGCGCUUGAGGCAUCAUUCGGAGACACCCUCUGAGGAUCUGUCCGUGGUUGCCUUGCCAAUAUGGUUAGGCAGUUCAAGCCAGGAGAUCGUUUUGCUCAAGGACAUAAAGAGCAUAGUGCCGGAAGACCUUCACCAACACGAUGAUGUUAUUGCGAUAGAGGAGGCAGAAUCGGAUGCGUCGUUUUGUGCCACCUAUCGGCGAUUUGUUGAUGCUGCGGAGCAUCUGGAACAGGCGAUCUGUGUUCGGCAGCAGCUUCUGGGAGACGACCACGAAGAACUCUUGGUCUCCAUUGAGAAGUAUGUUGUCUCAUGCAACGCUUGGGGCGUGGAGUGCUUGAGCACAGGCAACUACAUAGCUGCCCUCGAGCUUUUCAAGAAGGCUGAGGCCAUGACAGAAGCUGAGAAUGUGCCCAACUUCAAGCGUCGAGUCGCCCUUCGGGCCGUGACCUUCAACAACCUUUGUUGUUAUUACCGCACACGAGGGAAGUUGAAUGCCGCGCUCCAGUUCGCUGAGAAGGCAUUGAAAAUUGAAGAGAAGUAUAAAGAAGCCGACAGUCCGGCCCGCAGCUACCUGAACUAUGGAGUUCUUCUUAGCAACAGCGGCCGACAUAGCGAAGCUCUAGAGCGUGUGGAGAGGGCUGUCGCAGUUCUCCUUGAUCAGCACCGGCAUGAGGAAGCUGAGGCGACUCAGAAGCCGGAACCCACAGAGACUUCCCAAUUGCUGGUAGUUGCUCACUACAACAUGUUUGUUGAGCACCUGCACCUGAAGCAGUUUGCGAGCAGCCUUCAAUGUCUGCAGCGCGCUGUCUCCGUAGCCCAGAGCAAGCUGGGAACGUCUCACACGUUGACGAUAAAGAUGCAGGAAGUCCACGCCGAGGCUCAAGCAAGGCUUGAGCGCAAGGCUUCGGCGGAAUGCUUUCGCACGACGGCCGCAGCCGUGGAGUCGUCCCCCGUGUUCUUUCAUUACCAGGACGGACACUGCCAUCCCUGGCAAAAGGUUCAUCUUUCGCAAGCUGACGCAGCACGUGCGCAGGAGAUCUUGGCGGAUCAGAAGCAGAUCACGCUGCGCCGCCUCAGGCCGCCGGAUCCCAGGCCUCCAGAGAAGCCGCGGAUUAAGAGCCGCAGGCCGAAGCAGACCAGACUGCCAGCCAUUGGGGCCGAGGUCACGAGCCGUUUCUGGGAGUCUCAUCCGAAGCUGCUGGACACGGAGGGAUAUGCUGGCUCGCCCAUUCUGACACAGCAGGCGCAUGGCACGCAGCCGAUGGUCGAAGUGCUCGCACAGAAGCGGCUGGCUGGAACCAGUCCACGUGGCGGACGAGGCCACGCCUGGCCAGGUGGUGCCGAGCGGGACGUGUCGCCCGCAGAAGAUGCUAAGGCCGCUACGCAGCCGCUUCUGGGACCGGGACGGGCUCAGAUCGUUCCUGCUCCGCCCGGAGCCCCGCCAGAGGUGGUUGCUUCGUGGGAGUAUCAUCAUCGCAGGCUGCAGAUGCUUGACGAGGGUAACGGCCUGACAGCAUUGGAGCCUCAUCGGAUGCGGGCCAUAUCUGUCCUGCGUGAUAGGCUCGACAAACGCAGGGAGAAGGGCCUGCCUGCACCGACGGACUACCGGAAGCAUCAAGCGGCCACUUGCAUCCAGGCUGGCAUUCGUGGCUACCUGGUGCGACAGUGGACUUCGGAGGAGCUGGCUCGCGAGAUGCGCCGGCAGCGUUUACUCGAGGCUGCGGCCGGUGAGAGUUCACCGACCAGCGACGCCAAGAAGAGGAUGGCUUUUCGAGUCAUCUAUGCCGCGCGCCGCGCCUUUGUGGAGUACAAUGCAGCCGUGAAGAUCCAAAAGGUUGCUCGGGGCAGCAUUGCAAGAGCCAAGCUGAACAGGCAAAUCAGCAAGAUCGCACACGCUUCUGCUGCCAAAGUGCAGGCGCUGGUGCGUGGAAGGUUGGCGAGAAGCAGCCUCAGGAGGCAGUCCGAUGCGGCAACCCGAAUUCAGGCUUACGCUAGGAUGAGGGCGGCCAAGCACGAGGUGGACUCUAUCCGUCUCUCAGCAAGGCACAACGCAGCCGUCAAGAUCCAGAAGGUUGCAAGGGGCAACACUGCGCGAGCCAAGCUGAAGAGGCAACUCAGCGAGAUCGCACAUUCUUCCGCUGCCAAAGUGCAGGCUCUGGUGCGUGGGAGGUUCGUGAGAAACAGCUUGAGGAGGCAGUCCGAUGCCGCAACACGAGUUCAGGCUUAUGCAAGGAUGCGGGUGGCCAGGCACAAGGUGGACUCCAUACGUCGGGCGGCAAGGUUGGCAAACAAGCUGGUGCGUGGUUUUUUGGCCCGCCGGAGAGUGCGAAAGCUGCGGCAGGCUCGCUCGGAGGAGGCCGAGCACCAGGCGGCCCAGUGCGAUGCUGUCAUGGCUGGCAUUCUGGAGGCAGGUCUCAGCUCGAGGUGCACCAGCCCCGUGGACCUCGAGGGAGCCUCCGAUGCUUCACCCGCUGCCAGUCCACGCUCAGCUGGGCCGCAGGCAGCUGCGGAGCAGCCGCAGCAGCCCGAAGUGGUGGCAACGCACGAGUCGCAGAAAGACGAGAGCAGCAGGUUGCAAGCGGAUGAUGAUGCCAGUGAGCUGAACGCUGUGGAGUGCUUGGAGCAUCCCCACUUCGCAAGCUCGCUACUGGAGGUAUCACACGAUUCGAUGGAUGCCAGCAACUUGUUGCAGGAUCUGGCGUUGCAGGACCCAGACUCUGCAGAAAAUGAUCACUUCGCGAGCUCGCUUCUGGAGGAGUCCGUCUCGCAGGAGGACCCUAUCAAGAUUAUCAUAGAAAAGGCUGAGCCUCGCGAGCCGGACGAGCCGUUCGAAGACCAGGAUGAGGCGUCUGCAGCACUGGUGGAGUCACUGGUGGGAGAUGCCCUUGGGGACUCCAUGGCAUCUCGAUUGAUGACUCCACAACCAGAGGAGUCUGAGGGCUUGGAGGCCUCGCCUAAGUCUGCCUCAGCCUUCAAUGCAUCUCGGGACACUGCUUGGACACCCGACGACCUCGUUGCGAACGUGAUCGAGGAUGUCGUAGAGAUCGAUGGAAAGCCAGAUUCCGUGCAAGAUCCUGGCAGCUGCCCAACCUCGAUGGAGGAUGUCAACGCGAUGGACCCGUCGCUCGUGGAGAAGCUUCAACAAGCACUCCUCCAGGCAGAAGAAGAUCCGUGCGAUCAAUCUGACCCUCCCGGUCAUCCAGAUGAGACACCAGCCGAUCAUUCAUUGCCGGAGGCCGAAUGCGAUGCCGUCCUCGCUGGCAUUCUGGAUGCCGGUCUUAGCUCCAGAUGUAGCAGCCCCGUGGACCUCGAGGGCGCCUCCGAAGCCUCACGAGCCGAGGAAGCUGAGCACGAGGCGGCCCAAUGUGAUGCUGUCAUGGCUGGCAUUCUGGAGGCAGGUCUCAGCUCGAGGUGCAGCAGCCCCGUGGACCUCGAGGGAGCCUCCGAAGCCUCACAGGAAGAUAUGGAUGGCGCUCUGGUGGAGCAGCUCCACCAGGCAACUUCUCAGGCAGACUGCAGCGGCGAAUGGCUCACAGGUCGUUUGGAUGAGAUGCAGGCGACUCACGUUUGUUCGCAGGAAGCUGAGCAAGAGGACACUGCUUGGGCACCCGACGACCUCGUUGCGAACGUGAUCGAGGAUGUUGUAGAGAUCGAUGGAAGGCCAGAUUCCAUGCAAGAUCCUGGCAGCUGCCCAACCUCGAUGGAGGAUGUCAACGCGAUGGAUCCGUCGCUCGUGGAGAAGCUUCAACAAGCACUCCUCCAGGCAGAAGAAGAUCCGUGCGAUCAAUCUGACCCUCCCGGUCAUCCAGAUGAGACACCAGCCGAUCAUUCAUUGCCGGUUUGUUCGCAGGGUGCUGAGCACGAGGCGGCCGAAUGCGAUGCUGUCAUGGCUGGCAUUCUGGAGGCAGGUCUCAGCUCGAGGUGCAGCAGCCCCGUGGACCUCGAGGGAGCCUCCGAAGCCUCACAGGAGCCCAUGAACCCUCUGCUGAUAGAAGAGCUUGAGGCAGUCGCACAGGCGGAUGAUCAGCGCGAUGGUCUUCCGUGUCACCUGACCGAGGCGCCGUCCAGUCAGGCUGCCGUGGACCCCUUGUUGAUGGAGCAGCUUCAAGCAGCCGCGCAGGCGGAUGAUCAGCGCGAUGCCCUUCCGUGUCACCUGACCGAGGCGCCGUCCAGUCAGGAUGCCGUGGACCCCCUGCUGGUGGAGCAGCUUCUAGCAGCUGCACAGGACGAGUCUCUUCCCAGUCGCAUGGCUGAGACGCCGUCCAACCUGGCAGGGCAAGUCUCCGAGGAAGCUCAUUGCGAGACGGACCAGGAGUGCAACGUGGCCAUGGCCGGCAUUUUGGAGACAGGCCUCAGCUCGAGGUGGAGCAGCCCUGAGAACCUGGACUUCGAGGGUGGCUCCGACGCCUCCGAGGAGGCCGACGGCCAGGUGGUGGGCUCCGUGGUCGCUUCCCAAUUGCAGGAGGUGGUGCAAGCCUACGAGAGCGGAAGCCAAGGCCCGCCUGGGAUUGGAGGAGCUGCGUGGGACUCCGGAAUCGAUGAGGACGUGGCGGGUCCCUCCAUCGAGGAUCUCGGCAAGGCGAACUCGUCCAUUGCCGAUAUCAAUCAGGAAGUGGAGAACAUGGUGCCCCCCGCGGAUCCGGCCGCAACGCAGUAG